UUUACGCUCCGUUCCGCUUGCGGAGCUGCUAGAGUGCUUUCGUAUGACUAACAGCUAAUAGCAUACGACAACGACGACGGACGGACGAGGUGCAAUGUGUCAAAUUGACACGCAUUUGCUAACAUGCCCUUACGCAUCCGUUUAACGGUGCACUAAUUCACUGCGUCUCGGUCAUGGAUUACAUCUACGAAAAUCCUGUUUUGCGUGACGUUCCUUCCCCAGACACCUGCAUUCCAUUUCCUAGAUACAACAGAACAAUAAUCACAGAUGUGUACGCAGGAAUACCCGAGAACUUAUUGCUAAAUGUAAUAGGAUUUCUGGUAAGGUUUUGACUUAUUAUUUUGUUUGGUCUAUUACGUAAGAAAGCGUGGAAUUAUGGACGUCUUGCACUGUUACACAAAUCUGAUAACAGAUGGAUGGAGCUAUUCUAUGGUGUUAAUGAAAAUAAAGAUACUGACCCUUUAUGUAUAGAAGCUUCUGUCAACUCUCAACUCUCUCAAAUAGAUAGAGGAUUUCUCUCGUGGAUCGUUACUGCUUUUAAGAUUACCGACGAUGAAUUAUUACAACGUGCUGGGCCUGAUGGGUUGUUAUAUAUUAUGUUUGAGCGUUGCUUAAUCAUAUUGACCAUCAUGAUGCUUAUUAUAUCUCUAUGUAUAGCCUUACCAAUAAAUUUUCACGGAUCCAUGCAACCAGGAGACAGCGCAACAUUUAGUCAUACAACAUUGUCAAAUCUGGAACCCACAUCUGCUGGGCUUUGGGUAUACACAAUGUUGCUCUUAUCUUAUCUACCAGUCGGCGGUUUCAUAAUGAGACGUCGUCUGAAGCAGGUGCGGGAUACCAGACCUACUGGAGAAUUCGUAGCAAGAACAUUAUUGAUUACGGAUAUACCGAAACAACAAUGCACUAUUGAGAAUCUUACCGAAUAUUUUAAAGAAGCAUUUCCUACUUUAACGGUGGAGGAUAUAACAUUGGCUCACGAUAUAAGACGUCUUUCGAAGUUGGAUGCAGAAAGAGAUUGUGCAGAACAAGCGCGUUUAUAUUGCGAAAGUUAUGCCAAGAAGAGGGAACCUUUGAAAAUGUAUCCUUAUCCAUGUGGUCAAAUUCUCGGAACUUGUUGCAAUAAGCAAGUGGAUGCUCAAGAAUUCUAUACCAAUGAGGAAAUACGAUUGACGGCGCUAGUUGAAGAAGAAAAGAAUGUGGCACUUAGCAAAUCUCUCGGAGUCGCUUUUGUAACUUUAGGGACGCCUGGUGCAGCUAAAACUAUGCGCAAACAACUGAGAUCCUUGCCGAAUGUAAAGUGGAUUGUGGAUUACGCACCGAUGCCAUCAGAUAUAUUUUGGGAAAAUCUGAGCAUUCCUAGGCCAUGUUGGUAUCUUAAUGCUGUAUUAAUAAAUUGCGCUUUGGGACUUAUAUUGUUUUUCCUUACUACACCGGCUGUUAUAGUGACAACUGUUAAUAAAUUACCAAUUACUGGAGAGAUUAAGAAUCUUAGUCCAGUAGUUUCAUCCUUUCUGCCUACUGUAUUGUUAGUUAGUGUGGCUGCUCUAAUGCCUGCGCUAGUCGCGAGAAGUGAGUCACUCGUGAGACAUUGGACCAGAAGCAGUUUGAAUCGUGUUGUUAUGAGGAAAACGUUGCUUCUCUUGUUACUGAUGGUGCUUAUAUUACCUAGUUUAGGAUUAACCAGUGCUGCGGCAUUCCUGGACUGGACUGUGAAUGACCGAAACAAUACAGCACAAUGGGAAUGUGUAUUUUUACCAGAUCAGGGUGCUCUUUUUGUAAAUUACGUUAUAACUGCGGCCUUGCUCGGUAGUGGAUUAGAAUUGGUCAGAUUCCCGGAACUCGCACUGUACACCUUCAGGCUCUGUAUAGCUCGCAGUCGGGCGGAGAGGAUACAUGUUAGGAAAGCAGUACUGUGGGAAUUUCCAUUAGGAGCUCAUUAUGCAUGGUUAUUGCUGGUCUUUACUAUGACGACUGUUUACAGCUUAGCGUGUCCUUUAAUCACUCCUUUUGGUCUACUAUAUCUUGUGAUUAAACAUCUGGUGGAUAGGCAUAAUUUAUGUUUCGCUUAUGGACCAAGCAUCGGUGGUGGCCAAUUGGCUGGUGCGGCAGUUGGUGCUGCAGGAGCUGCACCAGUUUUAGCACAAGCUGCUCUUUUAGCUUUAGGCUUAGUAAGAGUGGGUUUAUCUCCAUUAGCCGCAGUGCAACUCACCGGUCUCUGCGCGAGUAUUCUCGGCCUGGUAACCGGCGCUACAUUGCCGUUAUCAAAACCCAAGGUAUUGUUAAUAAUUUAAACUUAAUGAAUAGCCUUUGCGUAUUAAAGAUU